CCUGGCCCACCCAGCCAUGGUGGCUAUUUGGGGAGUGAACUGGCAGAGGGAAAAGCUCUCUCACUCUCUCUCUCUUUCUCUCUUUCUCUGUCACUCUGCCUUUCAAAUAAACAAAAUAAAUCUUUAGUAAGGGAUCACUAGAGCCAACAACCUGCCCCUGCCUCAUCCCCACCCCCAGCACUGUCUCAGAGAAAACUAGAAUGCACUUGCCAUAUUUUAAUUUUAUUUAUUUAUUUGAGAGGCAAAGAGACACAUAGAGACAUACAGGAGAGAUCUCCCAUUUGCUGAUUCAUUCCCCAAAUGCCUAUGACAGCUGAAACUGGACUGAGUUGAAACCAAGAGCCAGGAACUCCAUCCCAGUCUCCCACGUGGGUGGCAGGACCUAAGCACUUGAGCCACCUCCACCUGCUGCCUCCCAAGGUGGGCACUAGUGGGAAGCUGGAAGGGAGUGGAGCUAGGACUCAAGACCAGGUACUCUGAGACGGAACGCAGGUGUCCUAACCACUAGGCCAACGCCCGCCCCGCCACGUUUCGUGUGCUUGUUUUGUUUUAGCAGUUUUAAGUGAAAGUUGUCUCUAAGAUUACUUUAUUCCGCCAUCUUCCUGAGUGCUGCUUCCUCACAUUUGCCCUUCCCCUGUCAGACUUGGUGAGACCUGGCUUUGCGUUCCAGGAUCCUUUUACGUGCUGUGCAAAGAGCGUGCUUUCAAGCUGAGAGGCCGCCCUCUGCCAGCACCAUCCCGGUGAUUCCGCCAGGGCCACCUCUGCCACCUGUCCAGGUAAGAACAAAAGAGGCUGCCUCCCGGUGGCCCUGUGCCGCAGGGCAGGGGAGGGGUGGCUUCCUCCUGGGCCGGGUUCCUGAGAGGCUGCACCUGGGGACCUGUUUGACAUCCAGCGCUGGGCUCUGACCACUCCUGAAGACACUGUGCUCCCUGGGACCUGUGACACUCAGAGGUCGGAGGGGGAUAGAAAGGAAAAAAAAGGAUCUUUUUUGUGGUGUUUGUCCAGUUUCAAGCCAGCAGGAACCACCCUGUUGGAUGACUGCCACAAGGACAGGUGUGCCUGUGGCCUCUUCCGCCGCACCUGUUCAGUGUGGAUGGCAGAUUUUUUCCAGUAGCCCCGGGCCAUGCUGCCCAUCUGCCGGCCCUCACGGUGUCCUCGCACCUCUCGCACUGCGCCUCCUUUCACACGGGCAUGGAGCACACCUUGAACUUCUGUCUCAGCUCUCCCGGACGGGGGAGACUCGGCCUUCCUGCAUUGCAAUGCCUCCUUCAGCCACAGAAGGGUUGAGCUUCAUCUCAGCCACAAAUGGGAAAAGCCCCUGCCACAUUUUUAAAGAAAACAAUGAAAAAUUACAGUUGCUUUAUAAUUUAGUGGGAAAUGCAUAUUCUUUUUAAAAGAUUUAUUUAUUUACUUGAAAAGCAGAGUAUGUGUGUGUGAGAGAGAGACUGUCCAUCCGCUGGUUCACUCCCCAAAUGUCCCCCACAGCCAGAGCUGUGGUGAUCCGAAGCCAGGAGCCAGGAGCCUCCUCCGGGUCUCCCAUGUGGGUACAGGAGCCCUAGGACUUGGGCCAUCCUCUGCUGCUUUCCCAGGCCAUAGCAGAGAGAUGGACUGGAAGUGGAGCAGCCAGGACUCAAACCGGUGCCCAUGCGGGAUGCCACAGGCGACAGCUUUACCUACUAUGCCAAAGCACCAGCCCUGAAUUCUCUAUUUAAUUAAAUGACCCUUCUUACUGGCCACUGACACAGUGACCUGUGCCAUGACUGGCUGCCUCUUCACACGCUGAGGGCUGCCGGCUCCCAGUCUCACCGCAGGCCCUGCAAAAUCGCUGGGCUUAAGUCUCACCCCUCCCACCUGCUGUGUCUCCCUCUCCGAAUCUCGGCUCUGCUUGCGGUCUGUAAGAGGGGAAUGAGGAUUGCAGCCUUGGCGUGUUGCUCUUGGACUGCAGAGUGGGGAGAGGCCUGGCGCAUCAGGACCCUGCUCUCCUUUCCUCUGCCUGGGAGGGCGUGGCCAGGGCGAGGCCCCUCCUCCAGGCUGCCCUGGUGACAAGGGAGGGAACCUGCCCUGUAUCCCUGGAGACUGGACGCUGAGAGCUGGAAACAUGAACAAGGUCUUCCCCCAGGGAGAUGGCACUGGCAACGCUGCUGCUAGGACCAAAACACUCUCCAGAGGGGAAGACUGCAGCCCCCUCUGCUGCUCGCGCCGGGGAGCCUGCCUCUCGGCCUCUCUGCUGCUCCUGCUGGCCACUCUCGCCGCCCUCGUCGCGCUGGCCAUCAUCCUUGGACUCCCGCCACGCACGCCAGGGGCCCAGGCCUGUGUGACACGGACAAAUAGGACGGGCUUCCUGUGCCACGACCGGAGGAGCUGCAUCCCGGCCAGCGGGGUCUGUGAUGGCAUCCGCACCUGUACCCACGGCGAGGACGAGGACGAGGCCUUGUGCCGAGACGCACCCCGCAGCCUCCCAGGCUUCCUUGUGGCCCGCUGCGGGGACCCAGCCUCCUGGAUCUACUCAGACCAGAAGUGUGACGGGACCAACCACUGCGGUGACUGCUCGGACGAGCUGAGCCCAGUGAGUGCGUGCCCGCCCUGCGGCCCUGGCUGGUGGCGCUGCCCGCCCACCGUCUUCAAGUACUGCAGCUGUAUCCCGAGGAGCCUGUGCCGGGACCACGUGCAGCACUGCUCCGACUGGUCAGACGAGUACUCCUGUCCCGGCCUCUAGCCUCCACGCAGGCCGAGGACCAGCGAUGGAGUGGCGCCGACAACCCUGCUGGUGACCGUGAGCAAGGGAGGAGGAAGGAGCCUUCUGCACCUUACCUGUAGUGGGAUCUACACACCGACUGAACAGUGAUCGCCUCUUGCACACCUCCAGUGACAGGGAGCUCACUACCAUGCCAGACAGCUUCUCACAAAGAUGGGGGCAAUCUGCCUGUCCCUGGGGACCGAGGGCGAAUCCUGCUCCUCCGCUCUGAGACAGACUUGUAGCUCCCGAGCUGGGCCCCCUGAGGGAGAGCUCUGGGUCCUGGAUGCAGCCCCGUGGGGCCACCUCAUGCCCAUCUGGCACCUGUGGCAGGUGUUACUGGACUUGCACGCAACCUUAGCAUUUCUCUCCACUGAGCUACCCUCGCAGGGCACCCAGUGCUCGCAGACAGGCCCUGUGGUCCCACCCUGGGAAGCCGCACCCGGGGGCUCCACGCUGUGUGAUAAGAGACUGGGAGGCACAGCCACCAAGGGGCCCCUCCCCACGCCCCGGCCACGCCCCCAGCCCCGCCCUGGCCCCCCACCCCACCCCACCCCAGGCGCCCAGCUCUCCUUACAUCAGGGGCUACAUUCGGUCCUGGAGUCCGAGUGAGCUGCUUCUCUGCAUGCCUUCGCAGCACCCAGGCAGGCAGGAUGGACAUCCCCACUAGCCAGAUGGCAAAACUGAGGCCUGGAGCAAGGGAGAUGACGGCCCGGGACCAUUCAUAGAGUCAGGGCUGGCAAUGGGACGCCAGCACAGGCUGUGGCAGCCCCGCCCAGGGGCCCUACCGGCCACCAGUGACUAUACACUGGCAGGUGCGGUCAGGGAUUUUAAAAGGUCGCCUCAGCAAGUGUCCCUCCCUUAGUCUGAAAGAGGCCCCGGGGAUCCGGCCAGUGGGAGGGUUCCCGGCGAGGGAGACAGACGUGCCCCACCCCCGGAAAUCAAUAGAACUGAUGCUGUGUAUCA